AUAGGCAUGCGCUAGGUGAGAAGUGUUAUCAUAUAUGACAUUCCCUGGAAGCCAGUAAAACCACUGAAGCAAGAGUAACCACCUAUAGCCAUGUACACUACUUCCUAAAGUCUUUUCUGUAGAGGUAUUGCUAACAAAAAUUAAGUGAAACCUUUUUGUUUUCAUAGAGAACCCAAGCAAAAGUCUGUUUUCCUUGUGUGGAAAGAUAAAAUUGUGCUAUAGACUUGAAAUAGUUUACUUAUAGUGUAGCAGGGUUUGCAGUCAGUGGGAUGUAUCUGGAAUGGGAGUAGGAGCACAGAAGUGACAUAUUGAGGGUUGUUGAGAAACUAGGGUUAUCUCUCUCCCAUCUGCCCGUUUGCAUCUAAAACUGAUUUUAUCUUUGCCUCUGUCUUUCUCCCCCUUAGUCCCAGGGGUAUGACAAGAUUUCCAAGAGAAUUAGAAGGCAAAUAAGACUUCUCACCUUGCUGAAAUAGUCAUUUCUCUCUACUAAAUGAGGAAGCUGUUGAGGAGUGGUAUUGAAAGUUACUCAUUAACUUCUUUGCUCUGGCUUUGUAAAGCUGACUUCCAUUUCCCCCUCUGUGACUUUGAUACAGGAGUUUAUGGCAGACCCCCAUGAUUCUGGGCUGAUUGAAGUGAGGAGACUCAGGUCACUAAACUUGGCUCCUUCAGUAGAGAUAAGAGCUACCAUUAAAUCCCAGAAAGAAACAGCAGAUCUCUCAUGCAGAUAGUACUAGAAUAUAAACACUAAUUUUGUCAGGGCUAUAAAUAUUAAAAUCAUAGGCCUUCACCCAGAAGAAUGUCUUCAGAGAGGUAAAGGUGAUUCAAAGCAAGAGAAAGGCAAUUUGGGGUGGAUAUCCUGUAUGUGAGAAAAUAGAAAUGGUUUUGAUGAGAUCUGAGGCACUGUAGAAGUUUCGUCUUUCCUUCUGCGAAGCCCCUGCCUCGUGAAGGUUUGUCAUUUCUAAUACCUCAUCACAGAAAUCAUCUUUAAGCAAAAGCAAAGAUGCUUUUUCUAUCAGUGUUGAUUUCUGUUAAUGUCUCAUAAUGCCUUGCCUAAAGUAAAAAGAAAUGAAACUUCUGUAACUAUUUCUCUUAACUUUGGUAAAAAACAGUUUGCUUGCACUCAACUAGCUUUUCUUUGGAGGUAUGAAAGUAUAUUACAUCUCCUUUAAGAAAAAAAUUUAACAUGAGCUUAAAUUCUAAACCCCACACAGCUUUUUUCCAUCAGCAAGUCCUCCAGGCCCAGAUAAGUGGCUUGCAGAGUAACACCGAAGUGUUUUAAGCCUCACUGAAAUAACCUGCCAGCACUUUUGAAUUGAAAAUGUUGAUUAUAAAGGUGCACUAGUCAGUAAAUAGUUAGAAGAGUUGACAUUGACUGUUUGGCCAAAAGUUAAAAGCUGUGGUAAUGACCUGUGGUUUCUCGGUUCAUGGAUGUGCUGAACUGAAAAUCUGUUAAAGAUGCUUGUAGCAGCAGGAGAUUUAGCACUUUUAGAAAAUCAGACCCAAUUAUGCUUUCUGAAGUUGAAGUACCCAAAAUUUGAUUUUCUCAUCUUCUCCAGAUUGUACUCUCUCAUUUAAGCUGGUCUCAUUGCACCUGAACUUUCACUUCAGUUUUUGAAGUUAGAGGAGAUACUUGAGUGUGUGUUCUCGAAGUACUUUAAGUAAUUAAAAGAAAUUAAGUUAUUAAAAUACAGUUGUCUGGUUAAGCUUUCAAAGAAUAUGUUCAACUGUAAUGUUUAUUUAACAGUGGAUUUAAAUAUGAAACAAAAAGUAAAACCACAUUGUGGCCUAAGGAAACAUGCCAAAUUUUCCUGAUUUUACUUUGAAGGCUUCAUUAAAAAUAGCUUGCCAUCAAACUUCCCGUUUUAAAGCUUCUGCUGUGAAAUAUUUAAUCCUUAACACUCAGUCUUUUGACUGUGGACAGUCAGCUCACCAAGGUGACAGUGGACAGAGAGGCUCAACUGACUCCUAUUGAUUAAAAAGAGGAUAGUUCCUGUCAUUCACAGGGAAGGAUUCUAGACUUGAUCAAAACAUCUCUUGGGACAAGAUUCUGUUCUGGUGCCUGUAAAUCAUAAAAGCACAACUUCUGUGAAACUCUGCAUAUGAUGUUGCAGGAGAGAAGUAAGAAACAGUGUUAAAUAUUGUUGGAUAUUUUCCAGAAUAUGUGUAUUUUCAUUGCUAUACUAUUGCUUUAUAUUCUGUCAGAAUGUAAGUUAUUUAACAGAUGGAUGUAGUUAUUAGAAGAUCUUGAAGUGUGAAUAUUCCAAGGUGUAGACUUGCUCUUAGACUCAAAGUAGGCUAGAUCUCUGCUAGAAAUCUUCUAAUAAAGUAGGAUAUGUUUAUAUGUAUGCCAUAAGUCUUCUUUUAGUGGUAUCACAGAAACCCUCAAUUGUAAAUUUAAUUUAAGUGAGAGCCCAGUAAGGGCAAUAUAAGGCAUACCCUCUUGCCAGUAUGAACUGUGUCUGUGCUUGGUAGGAGCUGGCAGCAGGGCUGUCCUCUGUGGUUGUACUGCUAAAGAUUUCUCAGGCCUAGAAGAUUUUCAGCAUCCUUUAAAAAAUACAUAGACUUCUGUAAAGUGAAAUAUACAGAAGAUGGUAAAAAGAAAAACAAAAAUGUGAGUGUAGCUGUUUGGUAGGAAUGUGCCAGGUAUAUUUUGGUGACCUCAAAGUGAGUGAUACUUUUGUGUAGUAAUAGUUUGUUUUGGUAACAUCAUGUUCUACUGUACUCAGCUUAUUUAACCCACAAGCUAUGAUGCUUUAAAGUGAAGCACAGUUUAAGAAGGAUUGAAUGCUCUUACUGGAAUCCCUCUAUAUCUAUAUGUAGGUAGAUGAUUAUUUAUCUUGACGGCCUUUGUAUUUUGUUCUUAACUGUUGUAUUUUCAGUAUUUCAUUUGAGAAGAUGCGAUUUUGCUAUCUAUGUAAUAAGGAAAAUUCUUGUUAAAUCUAAGUAUUAGGUAGUGAAGGGUUAAAAAUCUGUGGUCCUAAUAAUGUAGAGAAAUGCUGACACAAGUUCUUCAGUCCUUUUCCUGACAGAACACCCAUCUUUAAUUUGCUCCUCUCUUUACCCAUAUAACAUUGUACAUCUGUCCUUGAAAGCAGCUCCUGCAGCAUGAGCGUAGCCAGUGGAGUCAAUUUAGCAAAGGUUGCUGUCUGUGUCCUAGCAGAGCAGGCAGACAGCCUGGAGCUAUGACUUAUAAUCAACUGAACAGGUAUAUGAAUAAUUACUAAAGAUAGAAACCUCUGUUAAUUGCUGGGUUUAAUCCUGUUCUCAUGAAUUGUUACAGAAUCACCCCCUCUACCAUUAACCAUCACCCUCCUCCUAGCAUUAACAUGUCAAAAUGAGCAUUUUUCUCAGAUCAAAAGUAAUGUAGUAGAUUUGGGAACUUUUUUAGUUUUAAGAUUCUUGCUAGUGUUCAAGCACAUCAAUACUCUCUGGGAGUCCUUUAUAUCCUCUUGGAAGCUUUGAGGCCUUGAAGUAUUUGGAGUUGACUGAGAGCCGAUUUUGGCAGUUUCUGGAAGCAAAAACUGAUGUUAUGCUGUUGUUUCUCUUAAAAUGAUUGUCUACGAAGAAGUUUCUUUAACUGUGAGCAAAGCCACUUGCUUUUCAGACCAUUCCAUUUUUUUCUUCAAUCACUCUGAUUGUCAAAAUGGAGAAAACUAUAAAGAAUGCCUCUCUCCCUCUAGUUCUAUCCUGCUGGUAAUACAGUAAUCUUCAGUAAGUGGGAAAAAUUAAGGGAUGCUCUUAGAAAUUGAUUAGAGUAUGAGGGAAGAGUGGCAGUGACUGCAUUUGGUCUUCACCAAGAGCAUUUUGCCUUAUUAGGCUACUCAGCAAGCUAAACUGUACUUCAUCUCAGAGUCCUCUAAAAAUAACUCUGUAUGGCUUUCUGGCACAUUGAUAUAAAAAGUGUAUGAUGAUGGUACAUGGGGUUGUUUAAAUACAAAGCUAGAAGCAUGAGCUGGCCUCCAAAUGAUGAAUGUCUUUGUAUUCCAGGAUGGAAGCUUUCCAAGACAGUGAUGCAUAGCCACCAAUUUGUAACUUUUCUUUUAAUUUGUAACUUUGGAUUUUAUCUAUUUGAUUAUUGUAUAACCCCUCAUAUGUGUGAUAUGGCUUCAUGAAAUGUCUGAAUGCACUUUCAGUGCUUUUCUACACUCCACAAUUGAUUUGAAGAAGUGACAUUCGGUGUUGUUUUCAUAGAGUUUUUAAAAAUAAAUAAAAAUAAAAAAGCACUGCAUCUCACCUUUCUCAUUUUAAUGCUCUCACAGUUCACUGAUAGCGCAGAGAAGAAGUUCUGUCGUGAGCUUUCCUGUGUAUAGAAUGUAAAUUGUGAGGGUAAUGAAGGACAUAUCUUCUCUUUACAUCUUUUCUUACUGCAUUUAUAUGCCACUCAGGAUGUUUGUAUCACAUUCCUUCUCACAACUGAUAGCUUCCAUAUAUUAGUGGAUUGGUUUUAAAAAGUAAUAAUAAAAAGGAUAUAAGCAAAUAGCCUAGAUUUCCCCUCAAACCUAUUUUUUGGAGUAGAGGCAGCUGGGUGAAAUGGGACCAAGAGGAGUCCCCCUGCAGAGGGGAAGACAACUCCAGUGGAGCCAGAAAAGCAGAGCAGCAGCUCCUGACACUGCUGUGAUAGGGCUGGGGUAUGAAGUGUCAACUGGAUAUGAAGACUUAGGAGGAAAAGAUAAAGGAAAAUUGUCACUGGGAUUGCCUAUUCAUGGAGGGCUUAUUCUUUUGAAAUCUUAAUGGGGAAUAUUCAUGCAAUUUAUAUUUCUGGAAAAUAAUUGUGAAGAGUCAAGCCAGUUCAGUCUGGAUUUACAAGGCCAAGAAGUGUUCAGGUGCCCUAGCAGGGCUUCCACUUUCCAAGCUUCAGUUUCAUUUACUCUUUUGCAUCCCAUUACUUCUACAUUGCCUCACAGGCUGCUGUUCUAAUAGUUUUCUAUCUUCUUUCAGUGAGACCUGAUUAAGUUGCUGUCUUCAGAGCUGCCUUCUUAUUCCCUUGAACAAUUAAUCAGGGGGAGAGAAAGCUUAGCUCUAAUUAACCCACAGCUUGCCAGAGGUGGGGCUUCUGCUCUAUGCUCAGUAAAACCAAAUAUUUUUAGGGAGAAUAUAUUCUUAACCAUCUUGAAAAGCAGGAGAAAAAAUGGCUUAUUGAAGUGCAUACUAAAACUUUCUUGGAGAGGUUGUAGUCCUCAUUACAUUUGAAAGUCUUGCUUUAUUAUAACAAAGUUUUUAGUACUUUGCAGAACAUAUGAAUGCUGAAAGAUCUGUUUGAAAUCUAAAGAACAGUUCAUCAGAUAUUCCCCCAAAGUGGUAGAAGGUUAAAAAAUGUCUUAAACUACAUGAGGACAAUCAAGCAGCUUGCAAGAUGUGGUAUAGAAAUAUUUUAUCAAAGCUUAGUGAAAAAUCAGGAUGUUUUUGAAAUCCACUUGAUCAUGCUGAAGAAAUGGAUGUUGAAUGGAAAGGGCUUCAGUUAAUUUUUAUUUCUUUCUGAUUUGCUAGAGAUGUCAUGAGCUCUAGCCCAGGUAUCAAGAGGCACUGAAAGCCAUUUGUGCCAUGCUGCAGUUUACCAAGGAAUUCCACGAGAAGCAUCCAGAAGUUAGAAGAACAAUGAAGCUCCCAUGUAGUGAAAAGCAGAUUUUAAAACAUGCAUUAGCAUUUGUAGCAAAAUAGAUACAUUAAAAUAAGGGCAGAGCAUCACAGGUGGGGUAUGUUGCAUCUGUCUUUAAAAUUGCCCGAUGAACAAGUUGGGUUGUGAGGUGGCAGCGGCAGUGGCUCUGCUGUGUGUGAAAUAGUGCUGGGGACAACUCUGCGCUGAUGCCAUCACUACAGUGAUACCUUACGUCUGCAAAGCCCCUCUUCUGACUGCCACACCACAUUACAGACGGGAUUUUUCCUUAGUGUACUUUUUUCUUGAUUUCUGCGUGCUUUGGUUACUUUUGCUUCGCAGUUUUCCAUAAAAGUAUAGCUGUGAAGAGAACCAAAGAUACGAACAUAAUGAAUGGCUUCACUGUGUAUUUCUGAGUGGUUUUUGCAUUGUGAUUUUAUAGAUCAUCUUGUUUUCUGCACAUGGUAAAGACAUUAAAUUAAAAGGGAGAAUGAAGGAAAUAGAGAUUAGAAAAUUGUAACAUUAUUAGAUGGACUUAAAGUGGAUCUCCCUUUCCAAAUAUUUUUUCACUUGUUCCGCAGAGUGCCUAAAAGUCUGUCCUGAAUCUUUGCAGAGGCUUGAAGGAGUAUUGUUUUGUAAUGGGGUAACAAGAACAUGAGCAUGUUCAGGGCCUUGAAAGUUAAUAGGGCAUAAGGGCUUUCAGAAGAUUUUGAGUGUUUUGGUCCAAUUGCUGUGUGCAUCCAAAACAGCAUUUGGUGUUUCCAGAUUCAGAUCAGAGUUAACUAAAUGUUAACUAAAACAUUUAGUUACCAAGGGCUACAAGCAAACAGUGGUCAUGGGCAGCAUGGAAAAAAACAGAUGCUGUGUUACUAUCUUUUGUAACACUCCUACCUUUGUUUUAAAAAGCCUAAUGCAGAAGGUUGCCAAAGGGUAUGCCCCUUACUCAUAGAAUUCUUUGCAGUGUAGUAAUCUCUUAACUUAAACAGGAUAGGACUCAAUCGUGUGAAAGGGUCUUUUUUUACUGUGCUUUUAAAUACUGGGUUUUCCUUCCACACCUCUUCUUGGAAGGAGUUUAUUUGAUUAUGUAAAAAUGGGUUAUGCAUGAAAGACACUUGAUGCAGAGUCAAAGGAUUUUCAUUUUUGUUUUUUCAAGUACAUGGUUGGUUUUUUACUGGGAUGCAGCCCUUAGAUUUAUAACAGCUUCAACUGAUUCAACCUACUGUGAAACAUCAGGAAAAAUCGACGAGGCCACUGAUCCAUGUAUUCUGUGUAUUUCAACUAUGUAAUUGUAAGCCUUCUAAAGAGUUUUUUGAAUCCCUUGAAUCAAUAGUAAAAUAUAUACAUAUGCAGGGAACUAAUUCUUGGGCAAAUAACCUGCUCUAGACAAAUAUUGUAAGGAACUACCCUGCUGUGUUCAGCAGUGCAGCAAAACUGGAAUGAAUAAAGAUUGGCCCCUGAGAUAAACCUUUAAAUCUUUGGUCAUAGAAAAUUUGCAUUGCUAAAGGAUUAUAUUGUGACUCAGUGGGCAAUAACUGCUAUUACAGUUACUUGAAGAGAUUUUCCUUACCCAUUUAUGCUUCCUUUCCCUGCUCUUUUCUCAGCAUACCUCUCACAAUGAUGUUAGAGUAGAACAUGACGCUGUCCCUCCUGUACAGUCUUCUUGAUAGUGAAGUAUCCAAACAGGUGAUUUGUUCUCCACCCCUCUGCAGCCUCUCCUUCUUUUGCUGUUGGUGGUCUGCAUUUUUAUUACAGGUGUUGACCUAUUUUAUUAAGUUUUUGCAAUAUCACCAAAGAGGGGCAAGGCAGGAGAGAAGUGAGAAUUAUGCCCAAAGACUAUCUCACUUGAAGCAGUUGAAGAUAAGGAUCGUGCUGUUUGUGUUGAGCAAUCAAAGGCACCUGAACAUAUGAAAGUGGUUCACAUCAUUACCUUGCUCACCAUAAAAAAUUGGAGUUCCAUGGGCAUGUCUGCUGCAUCAUCACAACUUAAGGACAGGCUUCUGACUUCUUAAAAAUACACUUUUCAGAGAGGUGUCUUGCCAUGAAGAGCAAAGAGCAAUGCUGUAAGAACAUGACUUGCUUCUGUUCCAAGCAGUGGCUGACAGGAUUGAGAUUUGGGAAGUUUGGUGGUAAUAUUGUUGUGCAUGGACAUCAUAUGCUAAACAGACAAAUGUUGCCUCCUACUUUGAGAUAAGCAGGACUUCUCUGAAAAUCUUCCAACUCCUCCCCUUAAUCAGCUAGAGGUGGUCCAAGUAGGGGUCUCCUCUUCCCCCCCCUGUAGCACUCAAACCCCUGUCUCCCCUCCCCUGUGGGGCUGAGCUGGGACAACAGCCAGCGGCAGGCACACCCCCAGACACUGAGAUCCCUGGGGCCUCAACAGAGCCCCACAAAGCACAGCCAAAGAGCCUGCUCUCCCACCCCUGCAUAAAAAAAGGUGCCUCAUAGUACAGACCUGCUUCUCCCAGUAGUAUGUGUCUUCAGUGAGUUGUGUUAAUAGUUAUCAUUGCCUGAGAUAACCUUCCUUGUGAUGUAAUUUGACAUACUGCUGUCAGAGGGGCUUAAACAUAGUAAUCUUUAAAAAUGAUUGGGAAUUUGCCCUAGAGAAAAAACUGUUAUGAUUAAUUUCUACAAAUGAUAAACCACUCCUCCUUCAAAAUACUGCAUGCUAUGAAGUGUGAUUUAAUCCAUUUGACUACAGAGCCUGAUGCUUCUGACAACUGUGACUCAAAUGUCAUCACAGAAAGUGAUAUUUCAAGUGGCAGGGUGGGAUUAGAAACCUGCUGAAGAUUUGUCAAAGGAGAAGUAAGUACAUAAUUUUUAGAUAAGUGAUUUGUCUACUCUAAACCACUUCCUCUGAAAGACAGGCAGCUUUAAAAGAGAAACUUACACUGUUACACUAGAAAGAGCAAUUUAAUUGCAGAGAGAUACUACUUGUGACGGGAGGUAGAGAAGAAAACAUAGGACACUGGGGAAUGUGUUUUCUCUAAAGAAAAAAUGAAAUUACUUUUCACCCUCAGAAAAUAACUUGAUCAAGGCUUGUAUGAAGUAGGAGCCAGUCUCAGUAUCUGGGACCUUGCGACCACCUGAUACGUUCUUGUUGCUGCUUUGUGUUUUUUCAAAAUACAGCAAAACACUCUGAUAGCUUUGUGUGAAAACUCUGUAAAUGCAGUAAAACCUGAAACAAGUACAGAAAUGUUUAUUCAAUCAAGAAUUCAUGUAGCUUUAGAGCAAUUAUCAAUUUCAUUCACAUCCACCAAGUCUGAACUCUUUGACAGUCCCCUAAAACUUGUACUUCCUAUACCUAUUCUGCCAGUCUAGCUGCAUAAUUAACACCACCUAAACGAUCUGUCUACUCUGAAAGGCAAUGAAAAAAUUGUAUGAGGUUCUGUACUUUUCUUCCAUGUGACUGAAUCUAAAAUUUGACCAGCUGCAACGGAAACUAGAUUUUGUGUGAGAGUUUGUUUCAGCAGCCCCAUGGGUCCACCUGCAUCUAUGAGGACCCAGCUGAAGGCUUGCCCAGGCUGUACAGGUGUGGGACAGUGCUGAGUCCUGCACCACCUGUAGCAGCCGUGUUGUUGUGAAGGCUUCCUUCAGCCACACUUGAUCAGCUCUGAGAUUGCACAGAUUGUGGAGGGUUUGGUUUGCAGCUCUGCCUGGUCUGAUGGCUGUGGAGAGAAAGCAAUAACCCUGCCUGACAGGCUGACCUUGAGAUCCUACAUCAGGACUGGAAGUUAAGUGAGAGCACACAUUACUCUUACCUGUUUGCAGUGGAUUCCCUGGGGGGAAAAAACAGAACACGAAAUCUGACAAUGCUUUUUUGUGGAAUCAUUUUUCAGAGAAGAGCUGCUCUUUGAUAUCUGUGAUAGUUUGCUGCUCCAAUCUGUCAUGUUGCCAACUCUCUGCUAAGGUGUUUGGGAAGCACAGUUAAGUGACUGUAAGCAUGGCAAGGGAAGCUGGGGCCAUUUUUUCACUGAAAGGAAUUCUGCUGGAGUGACAGUAUUGUGUCUCAAGUCCUCUUGUUUGUGUUUGUAUUUUGUUUGUUUCUGGCUGGAACCUGCCGGCCGCUUCACUGCGAGGGGGCCGGGUGCGCCUUUAAGAGGUGGAGGUGCCUUUGUGCAGGUUGUGCGGGGAAGGAAGUGGCACUGCACCGCGGAGGGUGGCAGGAAAAGGCUGGUGCUCGGCUGGCCACAACUUAAACUGCCAGUUUUCCCUUUGAGAGGCAGCAAAGAAUUGUCACAUUGGCUUCCUGGGGGUUGAUUGUUUGUUGCCUUUUUUUCUUUUUUUCACCCCCCUUCGGCGCUGUCAGUUGAAACUCUGACCACCGCAGGCACAGCUGGACGUGUUUAAAACUCUUCCAUGGGCAGCCCACAACUGGCAGUGGCGUGGGAACGGGUGUUGUCCUGGGAGCAGCGUGCGCCCGGCCAAGGUGAAGACCUGAACUCGCAAACGCAGCUCAAGGCACCGGGCCGGGCGGGCUGUCCCGCAGGUGACAGCGGUUCCGGUGGCAGCCGCAGCCCCCUCCCGCCUGCCUCAGUUUCCCCUGGCGGCGGAGGGACGGCGCCCGUCGCUCCGCCGAGCGGGAGCGCCGGGGCGCCCUGGGGCCCGCAGCCGGCGCCGCCGCUGCAGCGACCUCCCCCGCGGCCCUCCCGGGCCCGGCCCGGCCCGCCGGUACCCCCUGCCCGGCCCGCCGGUACCCCCUGCCCGGCGCAGGGCGGCGGCCGGUCCGGAAGGAAACUCCCGGCCGCGGGGGCCGCCCGCCCCGGGCGCUGCUCCGCCGCCCAGGCUGCCCUGGACGCUAAUUAGCAUGACUAGUUUGAUGGAUUUAGUCAACAGCAUUCAGCAAACAGGGUAGGGGGGAAGCAAGGGUACGAGAUUUCCCAAAUCUCGAGACUUUUCAGCCCCGGUGCCCUUAAUGGUUUGUUACGCUGGCUCGAACAAGUGUUGGUUCCAAUUAAUUGAUCGAGGGGAUUUAUUUUAGUAUUUUGACUGGGUGCCAGAGACAGAGGCUUUGUCCUAGCGUUUUAAGCACCACCCCUCCUUGCAAGUUUGAAAUGUGAGCUGCCUGGGUGGUUUUUUUUUUCCUCCUCUCUUUCUCUCUCUUCCUUCUGGCAAAGUGGCUGUGGCUGCGUGUGUGUGUGCGUGUGCGCGUGUGUGCACGAGAAUGAGAGAAGGACGUAGCUCUCUGUGUAAUGGGAAAGCAAGACAUGGAUCACUAGAGACAGAAAAGAGAACCAUCAAUAUCAGUAACAUGCAGCCGAGCACUGCUUUCAUCGUGGUGUGAGGAGCUGGGACGGCUCUUGCUGCUUCGCCACCAGAAAAGCCGGCAGAACGAUCCUCCCGGGAAGCUCCCCAUGCAACCCCCCAUGAACUCCAUGAGCUCCAUGAAACCCACCCUCUCUCACAGUGAUGGGUCUUUCCCUUAUGAUUCUGUUCCCUGGCAACAAAAUACCAACCAGCCUCCAGGCUCUUUGUCAGUGGUCACCACAGUAUGGGGUGUGACUAACACCUCUCAAAGCCAGGUGCUGGGAAAUCCAAUGGCAAAUGCUAACAACCCUAUGAACCCAGCAGGAAAUCCCAUGGCUUCUGGGAUGACAACCAGCAACCCUGGAAUCAAUUCCCCUCAGUUUGCUGGACAGCAGCAACAAUUUUCAGCCAAGGCAGGCUCCACUCAGCCAUACAUACAGCAGGGCAUGUAUGGGCGACCCAAUUAUCCUGGAAGUGGAGGUUUUGGUGGCAGUUACCCUGGAGGCCCAAAUACCCCUGCAGGAAUGGGGAUUCCCCCCCACACGAGGCCACCAGCUGAUUUCACCCAGCCAGCUGCAGCUGCUGCCGCUGCUGCAGUUGCAGCUGCAGCUGCUACAGCAACAGCUACAGCUACAGCCACUGUGGCAGCCCUUCAGGAAACACAGAAUAAGGACAUGAACCAGUAUGGACCGGUUUGUUCCUCUUUCCAGAUGGGUCCAACUCAGGCUUACAACAACCAGUUUAUGAACCAGCCUGGUCCUCGUGGUCCUGCUUCUAUGCCAGGCAACAUGAACCCAGCAAGCAUGGGAGCAGGAAUGACACCUUCCAGCAUGAGCGGGCCACCCAUGGGCAUGAACCAGCCUCGGCCUCCUGGAAUGAGCCCCUUCAGCACCCAUGGGCAGAGGAUGCCUCAGCAGGCCUAUCCAGGCCCACGCCCCCAGUCUUUGCCUAUACAGGGCAUAAAGAGACCAUACCCAGGAGAGCCCAACUACGGAAACCAGCAGUAUGGACCAAAUAGCCAGUUUCCAAACCAGCCUGGUCAGUACCCCACUCCCAACCCUCCGAGACCCCUCACAUCUCCCAACUAUCCUGGACAGAGGAUGCCAAGCCAGCAAAACACAGGGCAGUACCCUCCUCCAACAGUCAACAUGGGGCAGUAUUACAAGCCAUCAAGGCCUGUACCUGUGGCAAAUUACCCUCAUUCACCUGUUCCAGGAAACCCCACGCCACCCAUGACACCAGGGAGCAAUAUUCCUCCAUACCUGUCACCUAACCAGGAUGUCAAACCACCAUUCCCACCUGACAUUAAACCAAAUAUCAAUGCUUUACCACCGCCUCCAACCAACCACAACGACGAGCUGCGCCUGACGUUCCCUGUCAGAGACGGGGUUGUCCUGGAGCCCUUCCGGCUGGAGCACAACCUGGCAGUCAGCAACCACGUCUUUCACCUGCGGCCCACGGUGCACCAGACGCUGAUGUGGAGGUCUGACUUGGAAUUGCAGUUUAAAUGCUAUCACCAUGAAGACAGACAAAUGAACACAAACUGGCCAGCUUCAGUCCAGGUCAGCGUUAAUGCAACCCCACUUACCAUCGAACGUGGUGACAACAAGACAUCUCAUAAACCUCUGCACCUAAAGCACGUCUGCCAGCCAGGGAGAAACACCAUUCAGAUUACAGUCACAGCGUGCUGUUGCUCGCACUUGUUCGUGUUGCAGUUGGUGCACCGGCCAUCGGUUCGCUCUGUGCUUCAAGGUCUACUAAAGAAACGCCUCCUCCCAGCAGAACAUUGUAUCACCAAGAUCAAGAGGAACUUCAGCAGUGUAGCAGCUUCCUCUGGCAAUGCAACACUAAAUGGGGAGGAUGGAGUGGAGCAGACUGCUAUCAAAGUGUCUCUCAAGUGUCCGAUCACAUUCCGGCGGAUCCAGCUCCCGGCCAGGGGUCACGACUGCAAGCACGUCCAAUGCUUUGAUCUGGAAUCUUACUUGCAACUGAACUGUGAAAGAGGAACUUGGCGGUGUCCAGUAUGCAAUAAAACUGCUCUCUUGGAGGGCUUGGAGGUUGACCAGUAUAUGUGGGGUAUUCUGAACGCCAUACAAAACUCCGAGUUUGAAGAAGUUACCAUUGAUCCAACUUGCAGUUGGAGGCCGGUCCCUAUAAAGUCAGAUAUUCACAUCAAAGAUGACCCAGAUGGCAUUCCCUCAAAAAGAUUUAAGACAAUGAGUCCAAGCCAGAUGAUCAUGCCAAAUGUAAUGGAGAUGAUUGCAGCUUUGGGUCCUGGCCCGUCACCUUACCCAUCCCUACCCCCUCCUCCAGGAGGCAACAACUCCACGGAAUACGGUAACCAAGGCAACAGUUACCAAGGUCAUGGCAAUUUUGACUUCCCACAUGGGAAUCCUGGUGGCACAUCUAUGAAUGACUUCAUGCAUGGGCCACAGCUGUCACAUCCCCCAGACAUGCCGAGCAGCAUGGCAGCUCUCGACAAACCUCUCAGUCACCCCAUGCAGGAAUCUAUCCCUCAUCCCGGCAGCACUGAUCAGUCCCAUACUUCCAUGCAGCAAGGUUUGCACGUCCCUCACCCCAGCAGCCAGUCAGGGCAGCCAUUACAUCACAGCGGGCCUCCUACCCAGCAGUCCCGGCAGCCACCCCCGGCCGCUUCUAGCAACCAUCCACACAGUGACCUGACCUUUAACCCCUCCUCAGCCUUAGAGGGUCAGGCUGGUGGACAGGGAGCACCCGACAUGCCGGAGCCCUCGCUGGAUCUGCUUCCAGAACUCACAAAUCCAGAUGAGCUGCUUUCAUACCUGGAUCCUCCUGAUUUGCCAAGCAAUAGCAAUGAUGACCUUCUGUCUCUCUUUGAGAACAACUGAAACCAUGUGUAUUCUCCCAUCCUUUUCACUUGUUCACACGUGUGUGGCUGCACAGCGAGGAAUCUUAACACUCCUUUUCCACAAGAGAAGAAAAAAACCUCACAACUCGAUCCAGUGGUGCACUCCCUGCUUUCUUCAUCUCAGAACUGCUUUUGUUAGCUUCAAAGACUGCGAAAGUGAUGGGAGAAAAUAAUACAAAAGUUAAAUAAAUGCAGUAAUCUCCGAGUCUGCCAUGCUACAUGUGACAAAGAAGCAUAGACAGUUGUGCAGCUAUUGGAAACCCCAUUUGGUGUUCAUCCUCUAGAGAGAGAGUUCUGUGAUAAACAUAGUGUGAAGUAUCUUGGCAAAACCGAAUCUUGGCAAGGGAAGAAAAAUCAACAGAAUGGAACUGUCUUUAAUUGACCCGUCUCAGAGUGUCUUUACAAUGCUUGUUCUUCCAUUUUUUUGAAACUGUAUCUCCCUCUACCCCACUUCUCCUCUGCCCCCCUCCAGCCAUGGGUUUGCCUUGGAAUGAUUGUCCUGGCCACACACAAAAUGAAAAAAACACCUACAAAGCUCAAAAAAGCACAAAUCCUACAGUCAAGUGGUAAAGUUAGGGAAGACACACAGGCCUGUCAGAGGGAGCCAGCACUGUAGCUAACGCGACUUCAGUAGCGGAGCCCUGAGCUCUUCAGGCCGCAGCCGUGGGUGUCGGGAUUUCUGCAAGCGCAGAGAUCUUCACCAUCUCUUUGCAGAGGAUUCCUCUGGCCCAGCACACAGAUUGGAAGCACCCAGGAAAAAUUUUUUUAAAGUUUGCAGUGUUUAGGGAUUUUUGUGAUUUGGUUUCAAAUCAGUACCGUUUCUGACUGCGUUAACAUCCAGCUGUAGAGAUUGCUGUAAUAGAUCUUUUUGCCAUGUAUGCCAUACAUAACGGAAAAGAGAGGGAGGGGGGACGCAAACCAAACUGUUCCUGAUUAUUACCUACAGCCUUCGGUGCCCCAAGAGUUUGUGUCACUGUCUGUACUGCACAAUGCAUAGUAAGACAAGCUGGGUUGAAGGCAGCAAGGAAAUCAUUGCAGGAUGGAGGGAGAGUAACAUCAUUUUCUGCAUAAUUAUUUUUAAUAAUCAGCUUGAGAAGGGGCAUUGACAUUGGACAGACGUCUUACAGCUUCAUUUUAGUUUUGCUUUGCAUUCUGUUUUUGUGACUGUUACAGAUACUUCCGCCUUUUCCUUUUCUCCUCCUUCAGUUUCUUUUUUUAAACUUGGCUGCUGGGAUGAGCUCUUUCUUCUGAAGGACCGAGUGUGGGGAGAAUAAGUACUUGUCAGUAGAUUGCUACUGCCCUCAAGAGACCCUGCUGCCACAAUUACUGUCUUGCCCCUGUGAUCUUUGCUUCUCGUGUGGUUGCUGCUCCUGCAUGAGCUUCCUAUUGCUUCUGUGCCCAUUUCUGUGCUCUUUGUCUCUCUCUCUCUGUUAUAAAUGAUGUACAGUAGCUGUGUAAGAAGUGCAUGUGUGCCAACUUUGCCCUCGUGGUGCAACAUUUCAGCUUUUCCCCACUGUACAGUUACUGGUUUUGUUUCUUUUGAUACUAAAGCAUAUUUGACCCUACUCCUUUUCCUCUUCCCAAAUCCAAUCAAACACCCUUCAUUUGCUCGCCUCAAUGCGUUUUAAACUGAAGUGCCAGGCAAAAUUUUGUUUGUUCCUGUCAGUUUGACUAGAUAGCUUCCUAGCCCUCUGUGUUUAGUUUGCAAUGCUGUAAAUGGCAUGCUCUGUGCUUACGACUCUGGAUUUGCUUUCCUCACCAAAGUCAUAUUUGUCAAUUCUCUGCAUUUUUUGUUUUAUUUUGCUCUUUUUGUUAACGUUUCCCACUACUGCUGUACAUGCAUUGUGGUAUAUAUAUGCUAGUCAGCAGCACCUUGCUGUAGAUAUUAAAGGAAAUGGCAGUUUAGUUCUUUGUUUUCCAGUAGGAGUAUUGAAUCUGUCAAACGUAUUAUGUAGAAAUGGUCCCACACUUAUAUUUUUCCUCUUUCAAGUUUUUUUAAGAAAGGCGCUGUUCAUUAUGCAAAAUCAAUUAUUUUAAGAAUUGCUAUUGUAAAUAUCUUUGUGAAUAUUUUAGUAUCGUCUUUGAUAAUAUUCAACAUUUUCAUGAUCUGGUUAUACUUUUGCUGGUGUUUUUAAAUACCUUGUCUGAAGAAAAAUAUGGGUCCUUUUUUAAAAAAGAAAAUUGAGGGUUCUUUAACAGAAUAAGGGAGUUGGGUUUUGGGUUUUUUUUCCCCCCCUAUUUUCUUUUGGUAAGUUAGCCCAAAUUUCAUAUCCAUUUAAGUGAUGAAUGAAUUGAUACAUCAGGCAGUACCUGGAUAAUCAGGGCCCAGCUCUGUCAUGGAAACAUAAUUGUGUUUGCCUAGGGAAAAAGUAACCCAAACUGAUUAACCGGUGUUCAUUGACUGUGGGUGAUCGUGAGCUGGUAAUGGCAGAGUUUGUUCAUUUGCCCAAGUGAGCAGAACAUGUAGGACCAGCUGUCUGACCAGGUAAAGAUGCACUAAGGCAAGCAGCAAAUCUGUAUGGUACCGUAUUUAUAUUGCUGUACUGGUGCUCCAGUCUCUGAAACUGGGGCAAAGACACUUAGGGAUGUUGGUGGGUGGGGGAGGGAAACAGUAUAGUAUAUUUCAUUCUGCUUAGAAGUGUCUUUUUUCUUAUGUAGGCUUGACAACCUGUAGAGGAUCUGUGCAGAAUAUUAAAGAUACCUUGGUGUAAUACAUGGUAAUAUGGUUGUGGUGUGGUGCUGCUAUCACACAAUUCCUAGGAAAGACCAUUGUUCAGUUACUGAUACGGAUGUGUUGUGUAGCCAUUUUGCUGUAGUAGUUUCCCCCUGGUUUUUUGCUGCAUUUUUUAUAUAGGUCUGGAAGUCAUGUGCAGAGGUGGCUAAUGAUAAACUGACUUUAUGCCCUUAGAGUUAGUUUUUUUCUAUUUGGGGGGUAAAUUCUUAAGCCAUAGGUUUGGGAAUAAAAAAGAUAUCUCACUAUUAGUUGGAACUGGUUGCUCUGAUUUUUUAAAUUUAUUCUAUUUCAUGUUUCAUUCUCCACUGAUUCCUGAGCGGCUAAGUUAGUCACCUAAAAUUAAUUUUCUCUUAAACACAAUAUUAGUAUUUUAAGCCAGGUAUGUUAAGGAUUGACCUUUUGCUAACUGCUAGUAUUUAAAAUGUAUCAUUUACAAGUACCUGUUGGAAAGAAUAAAGGGAAAAAAAGCCCCAUGGAUAUUAGCAAUAUGUUUGGAGCAGUGUUGGCAUCUGCUUUGUACAGUAAUAGAUAAUUAAAGCGGACAGUUGACAUCUUUAAACUUACAGAAAUGUUUGGUUUUUAAGCAGAACUUAAAAAAGAAAGUACAAUUUUUACCCAUCACCCAAAUGUUGGACAUUUGAGACAGUUUUAAAAUUUAUCUGUCACCUAAAAUCAGGUACUGUAUAGUGAAGUCAGUAUGAAAAAGCUUCUGAAAAUUUAGUUAUUUUUUUAUCCAUUCACUGCCGUACUAAAGUUUAGAGAAAAAAACCUAGCAAAUAGGGUAAUCACAGUCAUUUCUUUUAAAGCUUAAUUAUUAUAUGAGAUUCCAGUAGUGUUUUUCUUCUUUUGUUUUUGUUUCUUUACCUUUUAAUCGUUUCCCCAUGGAAGUUCAUCUGGGAAAGAACCCACAGAGAUCUACAGUUCUGCUGCCAAGACAUUAUUAUAGGACUGACAGUACACGCCAGUGUCUGCAGCGGAGACUCAAGGGACAGCUGUACAUAUGUAAAUGACAAAUAGAGACAUGUUAACAGAAAUGCAUUCAUUUUCCUUGGAAUGUGCAUUGUUUUUAUUUCGCAGGAAAAAAAAAAAGCUUGAAGCUCCAUCUUAUGUGGAAAAUGAAUCCUGUUUGUUAGCGUUUGUGGAGUCUCAGCAUUUGUUCCACUUUCACUUCUGUAAUAUACUCUGAUCCUUUGUUUUAUUUUGUUUUAUCUACAUGUAAUAUUUAGCUUACGUGUACUAGUCUAUCACCUGUGUAUUUUUAGGGUGCUACAGAAAUAAUGAAGAAAAAUACGGGGAUUAAAAAAAAAAAAAAUUGUAACCAAAUUCAUACUUUGUACAAUUUUUGAUAUCACGAUCAGAGGAGAAUUAAAAAAAAAAAGUACAAUCUGAGGUAACAUGCAAAAAUGGCCAUUGUCUUUGUUUGUACAUUGUAUGUACAGUACAAUGCAAUCAUUUCAUACUUUAAACUGGUCAGAAAAAAUAAUUGUGAUUUUUAGUCUUGCAAAACUGUAUGUAGUUAGAUGAUGUGACAACCUAAUAUUUAUCUAAUAAAUAUGUAUUCAGAUGAAACCUGUA